GCAGUAUCUUGAGGAAAGGUCAAAAGUUUUCGACCCGAAAUAUUCGAGCUCGAAUAAAGACCUUUUGACAUUCGUGGAUCCAGAAGUAUAUCGAGACUUGAGAAUUAAUAGUGAUGAGGAGUUUGAUGUUCAAAAGAAUAAAACAAAUAUAAUUAUGGAAUUUUUCACGCUAUUGGCAGUCUGUCAUACGGUCGUGGUAGAAGAGGUCCCCAGCGGUGGGGAGAAUACACAAGACGCCACGGCUAGUGGUGGUAGUGAUAGGGGUGAUGUAUCUGUGACAGGUCCAUCAGAGACAACGAGCUUUGUGAAUAUGUCACAAACGGAUGUGGAAAGGAAUCCGGAAAUCAAUCAUUCCGUCAUAGAUUUAGCCGUGGAAAAGAUUAAGAAUUCGCUCAAGGAUAUCAUUCCAACACUUAAAAGUAUAAAUUCGGUUCCCAAUUUAAGAAAGUCGUCUACGAAUAGUCAGACCAAUCUUGCACCUGUUGAUAAAACUGUUGUUCGUAACAUUGUAUACAAGGCCGAAUCUCCGGAUGAGUCGGCUUUGGUGUCGGCGGCUAAGAAUCUGGGAUUCACAUUUCUCUCGCGAAACACCGAUUUGAUGACCAUCGACAUUUUUGGGAACGAAUAUACUUUUGAAAUUUUAAACAUUUUGGAGUUCAAUUCGACCAGGAAAAGGAUGAGCGUAGUAACACGUCGUCCUGCGGAGUUGGGCGGUGGCAUCGUUCUGUUUUGCAAAGGAGCCGAUAAUGUGAUUAUUGAACGGCUAGCGGAAGGCCAGGACGUGAUGGUUGAAAGAACAAUGAAUGACAUUGUCGAAUUUUCUAACGAUGGUCUGAGAACGUUGACUUUGGCGUAUCGAGUUUUAAGUGAAACCCAAUACAAUACAUGGUCCGUAAAAUAUCAAGUUGCUGCAACUUCUGUGAACGAUCGUUCAAAUAAGAUAGACGCAGUCUCUGAUGAAAUCGAAAGAGAGCUGAUUCUCUUGGGUGCUACUGCCAUUGAAGAUAAACUUCAGGAGGGUGUCCCAGCUAGCAUCUCAUCACUUCGAGAAGGAGGAUGCAAGGUAUGGGUUUUGACUGGCGACAACUUGGAGACCGCCCUAAACAUUCGAUUCGCGGCUCAACUCUUGACAAAGGAAAUGACGCUUCAUAUCGUGAGGGGUUCGAAUAAAACCAAUGCGAUGAAAGAACUGAGCGAUAUCGAAGCAUUAUUGAAGACAAAAGAGAUGAAUGAUGGAGAGGAUCAUGCAUUCGUUGUGGAUGGCGCAGG